CUGCCUGCUUCCAGACGAGCAAGGAGACUCGUGGUCUGGUUCUUGGACUUCCCUAACAGCAUGGCCCCUAAACGCCAGUCUCCACUCCCACUUGAAAAGAAGAAACCAAGACCACCUCCUGCUCUGGGACCAGAGGACACAUCAGCCUCUGCAGGCUUGCUGAAGAAGGGAGAAAAAGAACAGCAAGAAGCAAUUGAACACAUUGAUGAAGUACAAAAUGAAAUAGACAGACUUAAUGAACAAGACAGUGAGGAGAUUUUGAAAGUAGAACAGAAAUAUAACAAACUCUGCCAACCAUUUUGUCAGAAGAGGUCAGAAUUGAUCGCCAAAAUGCCAGAUUUUUGGGUAACAACAUUUGUCAACCAUCCACAAAUGUCUGCACUGCUUGGGGAGGAGGAUGAAGAGGCACUGCAUUAUUUGACCAAAGUUGAAGUGACAGAAUUUGAAGAUAUUAAAUCAGGUUACAGAAUAGAUUUUUAUUUUGAUGAAAAUCCUUACUUUGAAAAUAAAGUUUUCUCCAAAGAAUUUCAUCUGAAUGAGAGUGGUGAUCCAUCUUCAAAGUCCACUGAAAUCAAAUGGAAAUCUGGAAAGGAUUUGAUGAAACGUUCAAGUCAAACACAGAAUAAAGCCAGCAGGAAGAAGCAGCAUGAGGAACCAGAGAGCUUCUUUACCUGGUUUACUGACCAUUCUGAUGCACGUGCUGAUAAGUUAGGAGAGGUCAUUAAAGAUGAUAUUUGGCCAAACCCAUUGCAGUACUACUUGGUUCCUAAUAUGGAUGAUGAAGGAGAAGGAGAAGAUGAUGAUGAUGAUGAAGAGGAGGAAGGAUUAGAAGAUAUUGAUGAAGAAGGGGAUGAGGAUGAAGGUGAAGAAGAUGAAGAUGAUGAUGAAGGGGAGGAAGGAGAGGAGGAUGAAGGAGAAGAUGACGAAUAGAACACUGAUGGAUUCCAACCUUUCUUUUUUAAAAUUUUCUCCAGUCCCUGGGAGCAAGUUGCAGUCUUUUUUUUUUUUUUUUUUUUCUUUUUUUGCCUCUUGU